CCCUUGCAGCUCACACCGCAUCCCUGACAACCUGCUUUGCCAUGGAGAUGAACCAGCCAGUGGUGAUGAAGGAGGACUACCGGAGAGAUAAAGAGAGAGGGGAAGAGCCAAAGAUGAACGGUAAAUUAGUUGCGGGAUGUGGAUUGGCGGAUGGCAUUCGGGUGAGGACAGACAGGAUAAGCUCUGACCCGGAGAAGGUCUCCAGUGAUUCUCCCACCACCUCAUCCCGAAGCCCCACAGUGGACGGAGUCUGUGGGGGCAACAGGGGGUACGGUGGAGGGGGCACCAGGGCACUGGCGGUCCAGCAGACGAGCCUGGAGCAGCCGAGAGAGACCUGGAGCAAGAAGAUGGAUUUUCUGCUGUCUGUCAUCGGGUACGCUGUGGAUCUCGGAAAUGUGUGGCGCUUCCCCUACAUCUGCUACCAGAACGGAGGAGGUGCAUUUCUCCUGCCCUACCUGUUGAUGGCAGUGUUUGGGGGGGUCCCACUGUUCUACAUGGAGCUGGCACUGGGGCAAUUCCACCGGAAUGGCUGUAUAUCCGUCUGGAGGCAUGUCUGCCCCAUCUUCAAGGGUAUAGGUUUUGCCAUUUGCGUCAUAGCUCUUUACAUCGCCUUCUACUACAACACCAUCAUGGCCUGGGCGCUGUACUACCUCCUGUCCUCCUUCCGCUCCACGCUGCCCUGGAUUACCUGCUCCAACUCCUGGAACACGCCUACCUGCACGCACUACACGUCCACCGACCUCAACCUGUCCUGGGCUCACAACUCCACCUCCCCCAGCGAGGAGUUCUUUAUACGAUAUGUGUUGCAGGUGCAUCGCUCCCCCGGGCUGCACCAUCUGGGGGCAGUGAGCUGGCAGCUGGCCCUGUGCCUGCUCUUCAUCUUCACCGUAGUCUACUUCAGCAUCUGGAAGGGGGUCAGGACUUCAGGCAAGGUGGUGUGGGUGACAGCUACGUUCCCAUACCUGGUCCUGCUGGUGCUGCUCAUUCGGGGGGCCACCCUCCCUGGAGCCUGGAAGGGGGUGCUGUUCUAUCUCAAACCCGACUGGAAAAAACUGCUCAGUACCACAGUGUGGAUAGAUGCAGCGGUGCAGAUCUUUUUCUCCCUCGGGCCUGGUUUUGGUGUGCUUCUGGCGUUGUCCAGCUACAAUCCCUUCCACAACAACUGCUACAAGGAUGCCUUAGUGACCAGCUCUGUCAACUGCCUGACCAGCUUCCUGUCAGGGUUUGUGAUCUUCUCUGUGCUAGGCUACAUGGCCGAGAUGCGGAAAGAGGGCGUGGACAUGGUGGCCAAAAACGCAGGUCCCAGUCUGCUCUUCAUCACCUACGCAGAGGCCAUCGGCAACAUGCCCGCCUCCACGUUCUUCGCCAUCAUCUUCUUCCUCAUGAUCAUCAUGCUGGGGUUGGACAGCACGUUUGCAGGACUGGAGGCGGUCAUCACAGCUGUGUUGGACGAGUACCCACAGGUGUUGGUGAUGCGCAGGGAGUGGUUUGUCCUGGGCCUGGUGUGUGUCUGUUACCUGGGAGCCCUCUCCACCCUGGCCUACGGAGGUGCCUAUGUGGUGAAGCUGUUUGAGGAGUAUGCCACUGGCCCAGCGGUCAUCACUGUUGUCCUUCUGGAAGUCAUUGCUGUCUCCUGGUUCUAUGGGAUGCCUCGGUUCUGCAGCGAUGUGCAGACGAUGCUGGGCUUCUCUCCUGGCCGAUUCUGGAGGGUGUGCUGGGUGGCCAUCUGUCCCAGCUUCCUUCUGUUCAUUAUCGCCAGUUUCCUGGCUUUCCCCCCGGAGGUGAGACUGUUCGACUACCUCUACCCGCCCUGGACCACAGUGAUUGGCUACUUCAUUGGGAUUUCUUCACUCAUCUGUGUGCCAUCAUAUAUGAUCUACUACCUGAUCUCCACCCCAGGCACCUUCAAACAGCGACUCUUAAAAAGCAUCACCCCAGAGCCUGGAUGUCAGAGGGUACACACAGAGGCUAUCAUCACCAACACCGUCUGAGCAUGAUGACAACAAUGUCGCCCUCUUUUGGACACAAGUUAGAACUGCAGGAAAGAAAGUCCCUGCUGUCCUUGAAUGCACUCUAGAACGGCACACACAUUCUGAGAACACAGCACUCCAUUCUCUCUGAAUAAUACUCUCUGUCGUGUGGAGGUGGGUUCAGAGCCACUGGCUGCGGAGAAUCUAUAGGUGUUCCUUACUCUGUCCCAAAAGUUAUUUUAUCUGGCAUAUUAUUAAUUGUAACUCAUUUUCGUAGUAUUUCCACUUCAUAGGUG